AUGGAAGAGCGUAGUGAAUUACGACAUGACUUGUAUGAGUUGCGAAGUUUGCGGACAAUUUCAUCUCGCCAGAUGAUAAAAAAUAUGCUGGAUGAAAAAAUCAUCGAAAUUGAAGGCAAGAUAAAAGCAUUGGAAGCGGCGAAUAACGUUAAUGGAUGUGGUGAUGUACCAGUCUUAAAACAAUCGAAGACAGAAGCAGUAUCUUCGAAUGCUGUACCGUUGGCGACAGUGAAAAUCACUAAUUAUGCUUGGGAUCAGAGUAACAAAUACGUGAAGCUUUAUCUCACCAUUCCAGACAUACACACUGUUCCGCAAGAACAAAUUGCAGUUAGCUUUACAGAAAGUGAAGUUGAAGUUAAUGCUCGUGAUAUAUCAUCAAAAAAUUACUCUUUGAUAAUAAAAGGUUUACUCAAAGCAAUCAAUCCAUCCAAAUCUUCUUUCAAGCAAAAAACUAAUCUUCUAUUGAUUAUGAUGGAAAAGAAUGAAGAGGGGAAUUGGAAGUAUUUAACUAAAGCAGAAAUGCAGAGCAAAGAAAAGAGCACACCCAAAUUUGACCAGAAAGCAGAUCCACAAGAGUCACUGAUGAGUAUGAUAAAGCAAUUGUACGAUGAUGGAGACGAUGAUAUGAAAAGAACAAUUUGUAAAGCAUGGCAUGAAAGCCAAACAAAAAAGAACGUAGACCCCGAUGAAUCAAUGUAA